GGCGACUUUGAACGGUUGUGUGCGCGCGUGUACCGGCCGCUUUAUUGAAAUUUUGUUGUGUUUUUGCGGAAAAUCGAAUAAAAAAAAUUUCAAAUGUUUAUCAAAUGAGCGUCGUGUAUUCGUUUGCAACAAUUACUCCUUAAGAGUCUAGUGUGCAUAGUGUGUGUGUGUGCAAGUGUUCAAAAUUUCAAUCGUAAGCUGUAAAUCACGAGCAUUCACAAUUGGCGCCAACAGAGCCGCACGGAUAAGCAACAACAAAUGGAACAUGUUGAUGCUGCCGUUGCUGGAAUACAACAAACACAUAGCAAAAAUACCAAAUUGCAAAAUGAGGUCAUCGCCGCUUAGAUUAUCGAUGCUGCAUUUGCUCCUGCUCCUCUGGAUGCUUCUCGGUGCGGCAGCAACCAGCAGCAGCAGCAACAGCAAUGGCAACAGCAAUGGACCAUCGGCAGCAGCUGGUGCAGCAGGAGGUGCAAGUGCAGCAAGUGGAGCUGGAGGUGGCGGUGGCGGUGGUGCAGCAGCAGCUGGGCCAGGAUUGCCGCCUGGCGCCCUCAAUGCCAAUCUCACGGAUCUGGGCAGUCCCGGUUUUUGCACUUCCUCUACUAUUAAUCAAAUUAUACGAAUAUUUGAUCAACUUCUUUACCCUCCACAAGUGAUUUUCGUUACGAUAAUUUUUAAUGCAUGCGGGUGACAUUGCAAUGCGGCAAGCUACAACUGAAAUGACAAACAAGAAACGAAGAAGAUACACAACUAAACACAGCUGCAGCAGUUGCCAGUUUGUCAGUUUGCCAGCUUAAGCAGCCGCAUGAUUGAUUUGCCAGCCAGCAUUUAUCAACGGUUUAGGAGCAGCUGCUGAAGACGACGUCGACUCUCUUUUUGGAUGGCAGCAUUGACACUGACCGGGCAAACCUCAAUAACAACCAAGUGGUAAGUUUUAUUGAGAGCAC